AUGUGUGGAAUAACGGCGACGAUCCAGCUACGACGGGAGAGGGGCUCUCACUCCGUCAACGGUCACGGGCAAGACAGUUUGCAGAAGCACGAUACUCUACGCAAGCAGCUAGCGGAGAGCCUUGCAAGCAUUGCUCACAGAGGCCCAGAUGCCGAGGGUAUUUGGAUCAGUGAGGACGGGGGCAUUGCUCUCGGACAUCGCCGUCUCGCCAUCAACGAUCUCACGCCGGAUGGCGUGCAACCCAUGCACAGCGACGACGGCAAGAUUCACGCAGUAGUCAACGGUGAGAUCUAUGACCACGACGCCAUUCGCAACCGCUGCAUCCGGGAUCACGGAUACAAGUUCAAGGGCCACUGCGACAGUGAGGUCCUGGUUGCUCUCUAUAAGAUCCACGGGGCCCCCCAGUUCCUAGAUCAUCUCCGGGGCGAGUUCUCGUUUGUCAUUUUCGAUGAGACCGACGGGCGCGUCAUCACGGCGCGCGAUCGCUUCGGCAUCAAGCCCAUGUUCUGGACCAUCACCGGCGAGCAAGGCAGCCCGGAGAGACGCUUGCUUCUGACCUCGGAGGUCAAAGGGUUUCUGCCGCUGGGCUGGGAGCCCGAGUGGAAUGUGGAAGGCCUCGUCAGCGGCUCCUCUCUCUGUGCCGAAAACACGGUGUUUAAAGACGUGUGGAAACUGAACCCCGGCACGUGGAUGGAGAUCUCCCGAGACGGCGAAAUCAAGCACCACCAAUACUGGGACCCUCAGUACAAAGACAAGCGCGAGGUGGAGACACGGACUGUGGACGAGAUCGUUCGGGAAGUCAGAGAACGCAUGGUGGAAGCUGUGAGACUUCGACUCCGCGCCGACGUGCCCGUGGGAAUCUAUCUAUCCGGAGGCAUUGAUUCCUCGGUCGUUGCCGGCAUCGUGACCAAGCUUGUCCGGGAGGAGGGCGUCAUGCUGGGCAACCAGGACGCAACGAAGCGCAUCUCGUGCUUCAGCAUCCAGUUUCCCGAGGGCUCAGGGUUCAAUGAAGCGGACAUUGCCGAGCGCACAGCAAACUGGCUUGGUGUCCAGAUUCUCAAGAAGGACAUGAAUGAAGAGGAGUUGGCCAAGAACUUUGCCGACUGCGUCUACCACAACGAGCAGCACCACUUCGACCUCAACUCGGUGGGCAAAUUCUGCCUGUCCACGUUGCCUCGACAACACGGUGUCCCGGUCGUCCUCACAGGAGAGGGCGCCGACGAACACUUUGCAGGAUAUCCGUUCCUCCUGCCGGACUUCCUCCUCGAGCCGGACUAUGCCUGGCCCGAUUCUGCACUGGCGAAAAACAACAGCAUGCGGGAGAGCAUGCAGAAGGAGAUGACGGACGACAUCAAGAACAUGUUCAAAACAGUAGGCAUGUUCGACCACCACUGGGAAAAGACGCCGCCGUCGACUCCGCACCUCGAAAUCGCCAACAACGCCCUCAAGUGGCAGCCGCACUGGGAGCUGUUCGCGCCAUGGGUUCGGGAGACCUACGGCCAGACUGACAUGAGAGAGAUCGUUGCCAGGACCAUGUCGCCAGAGGUCCUCGAGAAUGUGCGGGAGAAGUGGCACGCGCUGCACUCCUCGCUGUACAUCUACACUCGCGGGCCGCUGGCCAACAUGAUCCUGACCUGUCUGGGCGACCGCACCGAGAUGGCGCACAGCAUCGAGGCCCGGCCCCCCUUCUUGGACCACCACCUGGUGGAGUACAUCAACAACCUGCCGCCCAGCCUCAAGAUCGCGUACAACCAGGCGGAGGGCCAGACGGACGGGACGGGGUCGAGCAUGUGGUGGAAGAACCUCAGCUCGGCCCGCCAAGCGCUGAGCGAGAAGUGGGUUCUCAAGGAAGCCGGCAGGCCCUUCAUCACGCAGGAGCUCUACGAGAGGCGAAAGCACCCUUACUCGGCCCCCGUCAAGUGGCCCCGGGGAGGCCCUCUUCACCGAAUGUUCACCGAGCUGCUGACCCAGGCGUCUGUGGCUAACUUGGGAUUCAUAGACUGGGGCGACGUCGAGGGCUGGCUGGAGAAGGGGUUCGGCGAAGACGCCGAUCCUAAUGCCUUCAGGAAGUUGGUGAUAGUUGGAUGUUGGGCCGUUUUGGGCGAGAGAUUCAAGGUCAAGACGGCCGUCAAGGCGGAGGGGUCCGGGUUUGCAUAG